AUGGCUGACGAGAUAUUUAGGCAAAGGUUAAGCGUUGAUCCUAACAACAGACUUCUGAAAACAAUAGCAGAUUUUACAUUGAGAAAGAAACAAGAAAAAAAUAAACAAAAUCUGGAAAAAAUCCCGGGGACACCAUGGAUUGAUUAUCCUCUUUAUCACGCAAUACCACAAACAAGUUUCAGCUGCCAACAUGUACCAGCUUUACCAGGCAUGUAUGCCAAUCUCGAAACUGGUUGUCAAGUUUAUCAUGUAUGCCAUGAUGGUCGAGAAGGUGAUCAAGGAGCAAGUUUUUUAUGUGCUAAUGGUACAAUAUUUAAUCAAAAAGAAUUCGCCUGCGAUUGGUGGUACAAUGUCGAUUGUGGUGAUGCGCCAAGACAUUACAACUUAAAUUUGGAUCCAGAAACGAAUCCAUAUGUACCCCCUGCACAUAAGGAAUAUAUUCGACAAGAACGACUUAGAAUUAUCGUCGUGUAAAUUUACUUUCUUCAAAUGUAUUAUAGUGUACAAUAUUUUUUCAUAA